CCCGUGGCUCGCAGCCGCAGGAGCCACGAUGUCCGAGAACCAGCCCAACGCCAACAACCAGCACCCGGGCAACGGCGGCGCUGCCGGGGGCAACAACCGGGGCGGCGUCCGCAACCCCAACCUCAACCAGAACCCUCUCAUCAAUGUGCGCGACCGCCUCUUCCAUGCUCUCUUCUUCAAGAUGGCAGUGACCUACGCGCGCCUCUUCCCACCCUCCUUCCGCCGCGUCUUCGAGUUCUUCGUCCUCCUCAAGGCUCUCUUUGUGCUCUUCAUCCUGGCGUACAUCCACAUCGCCUUCUCCCGCUCGCCCAUCAACUGCCUGGAGCACGUGCGUGAUAAGUGGCCGCGCGACGGCAUCUUGCGGGUGGAAAUCCAGCGCAAUUCCAGCCGAGCCCCCAUCUUCCUGCAGUUCUGUGGUGCUGACAAGUUCCCAGGGAUGGUGGUUGAAUCCACAGCUGAGGAAGAGGAGGAGGAAGAGGAGGAAAUGACAGUGGAUAUGUUUGAAAACAGCUCUGUCAAGUUUGAGCUGGAUAUCGAGCCCAAGGUGUUCCUCAAGCCAUCCCGGGUGAGCAGCACCGAGGCGCUGACCCACAAUGAAAGCCGGGAGUUCUCAUUUAGUGAAGCAGCCACUAAAGGUAUGGAGCCUCUGAGGGAGACUGUGUCCGAGUUUGAGAUGCUAGCCAGAGCAGUGUGGCCGCAGGAGGAGUACAUAGUGGAGUACUCGCUGGAGUACGGCUUCCUGCGCCUGUCCCAGAGCACUCGGCAGCGCCUCAGCAUCCCGGUUAUGGUGGUGACUCUGGAUCCUACCAGGGACCAGUGCUUUGGGGACAGGUUCAGUCGCCUGUUGCUGGAUGAGUUCCUGGGUUAUGACGAUAUCCUGAUGUCAAGUGUCAAAGCUUUAGCUGAAAAUGAAGAAAACAAAGGUUUCCUUCGCAACGUGGUGUCUGGGGAGCACUAUCGCUUUGUCAGCAUGUGGAUGGCCAGGACUUCUUACCUGGCAGCCUUCGUCAUCAUGGUCAUAUUUACUCUGUCCGUUUCGAUGCUGCUGCGCUACUCGCACCAUCAGAUCUUUGUCUUCAUUGUUGACCUGUUACAGAUGCUGGAAAUGAACAUGACAAUUGCGUUCCCUGCAGCUCCCCUCCUCACUGUCAUUCUGGCUCUCGUAGGGAUGGAGGCCAUCAUGUCCGAGUUCUUCAACGACACCACCACCGCCUUCUACAUCAUCCUCAUCGUGUGGCUGGCCGACCAGUACGAUGCCAUCUGCUGCCACACCAAUACGAGCAAGAGGCAUUGGCUCAGGUUCUUCUAUCUGUACCACUUUGCCUUCUAUGCCUACCACUACCGAUUCAACGGGCAGUACAGCAGCCUGGCUCUGGUCACCUCCUGGCUCUUCAUCCAGCACUCCAUGAUUUACUUCUUCCACCACUACGAGCUGCCGGCCAUCCUCCAGCAGAUCCGCAUCCAGGAGAUGCUGCUGCAGACCCAGCAGGUGGGCCAGGGCACUCAGACCACGCUGCAGGACAACCUCAACAACAACACCACCGCUGCCCCCGUGGACGGGGGGAGCCGCAGACCCCCCCUGCCCGCCGGCCCCUCGGGGGACGCCGCCAGCCCGCCCGCCCUGGCACCCAGCACGGCCUCCAGCGUCAUCGCCGCUGCCACCGCGGGCAGUGACCUCAACUGGGUGGCGGAGACAGCCGCCAUCGUCACCGAGGCCUCCUUCCUGUCCGACCUGAGCACGACCCUCCUGGAGCCCAACGCGGUGCACGAGGCCGUGGCCAACGGGAGCCCUCAGGACGCUGCCUCCGGCUUGGUCGCCCGCAUCAGGGUGAGCAGCGAGCACCCGGAGACGGCCGUGGGCUCCAUCACCAUUGAGCUCACCUCGACGUCUGUGGUGGCUGCAGCAGAUGUUCCCCCCGCCGCAAAGGCGGCCCCGGCUGCAACCCCGCUCCCGCUGCAGGAGGAGGGGGGCUCUGUCCCCAGCAAUCCCCUCCUGGAGCAGACUGAGACUGGGGAGGGCUCGGGCAGCCAAGGCCGAGCGAGCAGCAAGGACUGUGCUGGCAGCAGCAGCGUGGUGCAGAGCCCUGCAGCCUCUGCCAAGGACACGGAGCAGGACAGGCGGUCGGGGCGCGCGCCUGGGGACCGGGGGGACAGCAGCCCUUGCCCAGCACCAGCAGAGAGCCCACCCCGCUCCGCACCCUGCCCGCAGCCUCACUUGAGGAGCCUGUCUUGAGCCCCUGUUACUGUAACUCUGGACUGCCGGGGAGGCAUCUGGA